UCAUCUAAGUGAAGGGCUUCCUCAAGAUAAAAUGCAUUUGAAAAAUUCAAUAGGAUGUAUUCUGCCUCUGCUACUUCACUGUGGACUAUGGACAAGUGCAGACAAGGCCUUUGAACUUGCGAAUUCCCACCUGCUCCCACCAGAAGGCUAUGCGAGGUUGAUCAACAUUAAUGCAAAAGAGUAUCCAAGGGACUGCUAUGAAAUUUUGAAGCAGUCUAAAGAAAACCCCAAAGAUGGUCUUUAUGUCAUUCAGCCAGGAAAGCAACCCAUUGGUGUGUUCUGUAAUAUGCAAGAUGGAGGCUGGACAGUAAUUCAGCACAUUACUGCCAACAGUACAGUGGACUUUGAUAGAACCUGGCAGGACUACAAAUAUGGAUUUGGCUCACUUCAUGACAACUAUUGGUUGGGGAAUGAAUAUAUGCACCAGUUAACCAUCUCUCCAAUACCAUAUACACUUAGAAUUAAACUUGUAGACCUUAAUGCUGAAGUCAAGUGGGGACAGUAUGAGCCAUUCCACAUUGAAGAUGAAGCAUCUCAGUACAGAAUCCGGCUUGGUCUGUUUAAAGGGAAUGCUGCUGAUGCUCUGAGUCAAGAUACAGAAGCAUAUCUCCAUGACAACCAGAAGUUCACUACAAAAGACAAAGAUAACGAUAACUAUUUUCAAAACUGUGCCAAACUAGAGUACAAUGGCAUUCCUGGUGGAGGCUGGUGGUAUGAUGCGUGUGCUGGAGCAAAUCUGAACCGACGAAAUGUUAUCUAUUGGCAAAAGGAUUGUAACAAAGCACAUAUGUGUAAGUAUGCUUGGAUGAUGGUGAAGCCCACUGACUACAGCCGGGACUGUUCCAAGACUUGUUCUUCUCAGAAAGAUGAACUGUAAACAGCUAUGAAAUCCAGAAAGAGAUUGGCUCGCUCUUUAACUUUCCUGUUGAAGCAAAAUGUUUCCUUUGGUUGUAUCUUUUUGA